AUGUUUUCAAAAUCGGAGGAUCGGAAUCCAAACAAAUUUUAUGAGUUCAACCGAGAGAUAGGCCAUGACAUGGAGGACUGCAGACAGCUGAAGAGGGAAAUAGAAGACGUGAUCCAGAAAGGCCACCUGAGGCGUUACGUCAAGGAGGCGAGAGAUAACCCUCAAAGCCAAGAAACCCCAAGGAAUAACUGGCGAAGAGAUGAUAAAGCCCGAAGAGGGGGAGAUAGGGAUCGCCAAAACAAUCAGAGAAACAAUCAUCGGGAAGUCAGGAGAAAUCAAGACGAGACCAACACAUCCACGGCCCCACCUAUCGACACCAUCCUGGGAGGACCAGGGCAAGAGUCAACUCGCAAAGCUAAGGCGAAAGCGAGAUUUGUGGCAGUAGCGGAGAUCUCCGAAAAGAAAGCGCGUAUGGAGCCUGAGAUCACUUUCUCAGACAGAGACAUGGAGGGGCUGAACUGGCCGCACGAUGAUGCUAUCGUGGUCCAGGCAAUUAUAGCCAAUCGACUCGUCCACAGGGUCUUAGUAGAUAUAGGGGCAUCCAAAGAUAUGCUAUCUUAUGAUGCAUAUUUGCAAUUCGGGUUCGAGGACGGUACCAGGGCCAAUUGA